GAGAUUGAGAAGAAAAGAUGUCAACAUUGAACAACCAUUUGUUUGAACUCCAAGACACAAUUUGCUAUGUGCAAUGUGGAUAUUGUACUACAAUAUUACUUGUUAGUGUGCCAUGCAGCAGCUUGUGCAACAAAAUAGUAACAGUGAGAUGUGGGCAUUGCACUACUCUCCUCUCUCUCAACUUGGUUAAACCUUCUCUUCAUCUCUUUGGUUCCUUCAACCAAACUCAUCAGCCACCAGUUGACAAGGAGGAAAUUGAUGAUGCUAAUAAGAAGAAUGCAAACUCAGAAAGCCAAAUUAUGGCCUCAUCAGAUGAAGAAGAUCAAUUGGAGAAUAAUGUUCUUCCUCUUAAUCAAGUCGUUAAUAAACCUCCAGAGAAGAGACAAAGAGCUCCAUCGGCUUAUAAUUGCUUUAUCAAAGAAGAGAUCAAGAGGCUGAAGAAUCUAUAUCCCAACAUUACUCACAAGCAAGCUUUCAGUACCGCAGCAAAAAAUUGGGCCCACUUUCCACCAAGUCAACAUAGAGGAGGCUGUAGUGUUGGAGACAGGAAAAUGGCAAAGGUUUCUGCUGCAAGGAACUCUAUGGUCCCAAGAGAUAGCAAUGGUUUAAUUCCUUGAAAGAAAUGCUUCGAGUACGACUUCGUCUCAUGAGUGAAGUGAUCUCAAUCAUCCCGAAAUCGAAGAAUUGAAUUAUGUAUUGUCUAGCUAGUAGUAGUACUGUUGGUUUCAAUUUCUAUUUGUGUUAAAGAUACUAUUGUCAAUUUAUAUGGUUGUUGAAGUUUCUGUUUGCAACUUUUGGAAGUUUGAAAGUAGUCACAUAUAUAUAAUA